AGAAUGAUAAAAAAUCUCUGUCAGUCUUGGAAUAAAGUGGUAAACAAAGUGAUUUUUACAAAAAAUUAAAAAAUAUAUAUAUCUGAUAACUAAACUGUUUCGUGCUAUUCCAUACACAUAUUUUCAAAACAUACCCGUAGAUUUAGUAAAACGUGCGAAAAGUGAAAUAAAGAACGAAUAAGGUGUAUCCGGUGGAUAAAAAAGUUGCUUAUCAUGUCCACAGAAGCGGAAUUUCUCGGCGCCUAUGAGCGCAUAAAAGCUUCUAACAAACGUAUUUUUACCUGCAUAGAUGCAGCCAUUGAACACGAAGAACAAGAACGGCCUUUGGAUGCUAUUGCCGCUUAUGAGUCUUGCUUACAACAAAUUGACGAAACAUUUGCGAUAUCUGUGGGACUGCCGGACAAUGUUGAUGCGGUAGCGGUUGAGUGGAGUGAUGCUUGUACAAUUGUACAAAAGCUAAAGGGAGCCAAAGUAGAAGUUAGCUAUCGCUUGAAGGUUUUACGUAGCCAACAUGCAAGUGUUGACAAUACUGCCACGGAAGCAAAAGAAGAGCAUGUAGAUUCUCUACCUGCCGGUGGUGCAGAAAUCAAUGAUGAAGCAGUUGAUGGACCCACACCAAAGAAAAAAUCUCUUUUACUAGAAAACCCAGUAGUAUAUAAGCAAGAUGGUACGACUAGUGCAACAGCUCAUUACCGGAAAGUUUUAACCGAUUUACGUCGUGUUAUCGCUGAUCCCUCAGACGUGGGCAUACUUUUCGACACACUUUUUACGUCCCAGGCGAAAUUGUAUAAAAUUCAACCAGAAGGCGUUGUAGUGACUAUGGGCGAAACCUUCAUGUCUCUAGUCAUGUGCACCACACCUAGUGACGACCAAUGGAAGCAUUUGAAUGGCAUCUCGUUUAUACAGUGCACAAUUCCAACAGAUAAGUCUGGCAGUAACAACAAUACUGAUCAUAUUCAAGUGCCCACAAAGGAGUCCCCACAAAUGAUUUGGCUCUACGCAUUACUACCAAGCAUAACCAAUUGUUAUAGAACGAAUUAUGGCGCAUUCAUUUUGCCCGAUUUGGAGGUCGAUGAGCCAGGACAUGCAUUUGGACUGAUGCUCAUCGAAAGCGAUAGCACUGUUGAUGGCGCUGAGCAAGCUGCCGCACAGCCAGAGGAACCAGAAGAACUAAGCGAUUUGCAACAAUUCUUCUUGGAUCUGCUCGAGGCGGUGCUCUCUGGUCAUGUCGAGCUUUUACAACAACCAACAGUGGGGCCACGCGUGCCAUGCGAUACUAGCGAACAGGUCUCGCGCCAUAUCGUCACGGCAGCCGAUUUCAUAGCGCAUAAUCUGGUGCGUGGCGCCGAGAAGACGGGUGAGUUAAUGGUGAAAACCACACCGUACAUCAUUUCAAAAAUGAAGCCAGCGCCACCGGAUGCGCCGCCAGUCUCGUCGACCGUGCAAACCUCAGUGGCGGUGGCGCGCGACGUAACGCAUGCGGCAGCGGGCGUCACUGGUUGGAUAGCCGGCAAAGUGGGCUCCGCCUCGAUGGCUAUCGGCCGCUACCUAGCGCCACAUGUGCAAAAUGCUGGCUCCGCAUUGUUGCAGAAGGGCUUUGGCUACGACACCAGCGAAGCGAACAGUAAAAUGGAGGGUGCAAUGACCAUAGCUGCCGGUGCGGUGGAGGGCUUCAGUACCGUUUAUAAUGGUCUCGAGACGUCAGCCAAGAUACUGGGUACAAAUUUGAGCGAAAAUUCAGUGAAAAUUAUUGAGCAUAAAUAUGGCUCCUCUGCUGGCGGUGUUGCAGCCGGCACCUUCGAUACGCUCGGUAACGCUUUUAAUGUCAGUCAAAAUGUGAACUACAUUACGCCUAAGGGUUUGGCGAAGAAAAUGGCAAAGAAUACCGGGAAAGCCGUGAUCGAUGAUUACAAAACUAAAUUACGCCACUCGGACACACAUUUUGUGCCUGCGGGUACGCUCUAUCCAGAUUUGCGUACGCUGAAGGAGAAAUAGACAGUCUGAAUUUAUUUGUAUCGUUAACUCGUAAAGAAAUAUGAUAUUUUAGCUUUAUUCUACAUAUAUUUUCUAUUGCAAACCUGCGAAUAUUGUUGACGAAUUUCAUAAAGAUUGCUUUAAGACAAAUUGAUUUUAAUACUUUCCAAUGUUAAUAUUCUUAUUCUUAUUGUUAUUGUUAUAGUAGCUGCAUAAAGUGUAAUUUACAAACGCCAUAUGUACAUAUAUGUAUAUCGAAGGUAUGGUAGGAAUAGUAAGACUAUUAUUAUAAUGUUUAUAAGAUACUCAAAAAAUCUUUUAUUAAUAAUAUAAGUGUAUUAAAACUCAAUUAUAUUUGAUUGUUAUUAUUACAUUAUGGAAAAAAUAAAUAACUAAUAAACUUAAUUAUGUAUUAUCCCAAA